AUGCAAGCCGCGUGCCAGGACGGCGUCGCGUGGUGGCGGGCGACCAUCGGCGAUGCGCCGAAAGUGCCAACGGACCACGUCCUCGACCACCUCCUCGAGUGCAUUGACGUGUCUCUGCCGUCGGCCAUGUCGCCGCAAGAGAUGCGAAUCUACCUGCGCGUCUGCCUCGAGAUGCGGCCAACGCUGACGCUGCGCGACUGGGAGCACUUUCUUGUUCGGUUUGGGCCCUUCCGGUCGUGCAUCACCAAGUCCGUGACGUGCUUCCAGAGCCGGUACCACGACGGCAUUGCGCCCUGGUUCCACGGCGUCCUCUCGCGCGCCGAUGCCGAGGCCAUCCUCCGGGGUGGCGACGACGGCUCGUUCCUUGUCCGCUUCAGCGAGACGCAGCCCGAAAAGUUUACCCUCGCGUACGUCAAGGUACACUCGGCGCCACCGUACACCGGGAAGCGCGAGAUCAAGAACGUCUUGCUCAUCCACGACCCGACGCGCGGCUACGGGCCGCUCGAUGGCGGCAUGGGCCGCUUGUUCGAGUCGAUUGCAGCCUUCAUCGACAGCAGCGCGGGUCGCCUGCGCGUCUCGUACCCGUCCAAGCUCUCGUCGCAGAUCAACGACGAGCUCAAGGCCGCCCGCAAGACGGGCUCCCUCGACUUUGGCCAGCUCUCGCUCCACGACAGAAACGGCUACGCCUCGUUCAGCACCGAAGACGUUGGUGACCGCGUACCGCCUCCCGGAUGCUUGUUUUCGUCGCGGCCCAAUCCGAUCGUCGCGGCGAGCAGCGACUAUGGCCUACUCGAGCCACCGGUGCGAGUGUCCGUGGCCGACAACGACUACGGCGCCUUCAAGUCUGUCACCGCGACUGACGACAACUACGGGUCGUUUAGUCGGUUGGCUGACGGCUACGGCACCCUCGGCCGCGACGACAUCAAGUCGUCGUACGGGCAGUUCAACUACAUUGAAACGCAGCUCACGCCACCAAAUCGUCUCCCUGCAUCGUCCUCGUAUGGACGGUUUGAUGCUGCAUCCGAGCCCGAAACAAGUGCCUACGGGCAUUUCUCUGCCGCCGCGCCCCCGCAGAGCGCCUAUGGCCGCUUCACUGACGUGGGAAACUCUCCGGUGGCAACGCCACAUCCGGCACCGGCGAUCUACGGACAGUUUGCCUCGUUGCCGCCGCAAACGAGCGCUGUCGAGCCAGCAAAUACGUAUGGGCAGUUUGGUGACGUGGCUUCAGCGCCGGUGCAGUGCACCGAGGCACAGGCGAUCGCUCAGCUCGAGAUGGGCAUGACGCUCUACAAGCAGGCGAAUCUCCACGAAGCGAUCGAGUACUUUCUGCGCGCCGAGUUCUUUGCCAAAAACGCAGGCGCGACGCACGUCGAGGCGCGGGCGCUCGGGAAUCUCGGCACCGUGCACUUGGAUCGGAAGCAGCCGACGCAGGCCGUGCUCUACUACGAAAAGUGUCUUGCGCUGACGCGGCAGGUCGGCGACGGGAAGCGCGAGAAGACGAUUCUUAACAACCUCGUGCUCGCGUGCAUGGCCGCCGCCGACUACGCCAUGGCGCUGCGGUACUCGCACGACCAGCUCCGCGUGACGGCGAAUGCCGUCAACCGCCAGAAGAUCGCGACGCGCAUCGCGUCCCUCGAAGAGCGCGUCCAGCAGCAGGCGUCACUGGCAUCCUAA